AUGUAUACCACUGAAGAGAUUAUCUAUUUAUUAAAUGAUAAAGAACCCCCUAAAGCAAAUCCUUGGAACACAGCUUUAUUCUUUAUCCUUCUUCUUAUCCUCUGUGUUCUCGCCUACACCUACACCGUAAUCGGGACUCUCACAGCCGUAGAGUCUCUCCAGCAGCGCUCUACAAUUAAAUCAAACGCCGACUCGAUAGAAACCCACCCGGUAAGACAGUUUCGAUGGACAUGGCGAUUCCGUGGAUGGACAACCGCGCUUUUGAUCCGCGGAGUGAAAAUCGCCCUGUUCUGCAUCCCAGAGAGGCUCCGCAUGACUCUUCCCAUGGAUUGUCUCUAUACAACCACGAUCGACCUGCUCCUGUCUAGUCUCUACGUUGUUCUGAUCCAGACGACCAUUGCCCAGCCUGUCUCGAGACCGUUUCACCGACGGGUUCCGGGCUGGAGAGCGUGGCUUCAAAUCGCCCCGGCGGCUUGUCUUGCCAGUCUAGCGAGGAGUGCGAAUUUCUUCGUACCGAUCCGAUUCUUGCAGAGUACAUCGUUUGGAACGGUCCAUGUGGUGGGCGUUAUCCUGUCGAGCACGGGUAUCUAUUUCCUCGUGAGUGCGCCCCUCCAAGCGGUGUUUACCAGGGCUGCUGCCUCGAUUCUAUCCGAGCAAGACUGCCCCGUUAUACCGCUAGACGAGAGACUGCGUGGAAAGAAUGGUAUUGGAAUCCUGGAUGCCUGGAAAAGCUGGGAUGGAACGAGUCGUGCGCGCUACUUCAACGCGCUGGGCAGGGCCUUUCUUCUCAGAGCUGUUGUGUGGAUUUGUCUGGUCUGGUGGAAUCUCUCGGCUUAUAACCCCGUUUCAUUGGAGGUGAUAUGGGCGGCAGUCUGA